CUGGUUUGAAUGGACUUUGAGGAAUUCUCAUUGUACAUUCCGAACAUUUUACAAAAUUCGACAUUCUUUUUAAAUCAAGUUGGAUUUGACUUAUAUCCAUAUUAAGUUGAACAUCGAAAUGAACUAUCAAGCUUUAAAAGACUUAGCUCCAUGCACUGUUGUAAAAUGGAACACAUAUGUAGACAAUCCAGGAGUUUUGUAUGAUCUGAUAGCAUCCCCGGAUAUGAUUUGGAAUAUGACUUGUAAACAAGAUAGAUCAUUUAAAGUAGAUACUACCGAACAACUCCAACUUGUCAUAGAAGAUCUCCUUCACAAACCAAUGUUGUUUAAAUGUUGUAUAAUACUGCAGACAAAAGAAUUCAGGAUUCUUUACAAUAACAUUAUUUCGGUGGAAGAGUGGUUUGCUGUUCUUAUAAAUCCACAGAAUCCAGAAAUACAAGAGUUUUUGCAUCCAUUAUUGACAGAUGCAAGAAAGCAUUUAGACGCUGGAGAAAAAUUCUGCCUGAAGAUCAAACUUGGACAAUGUUUUGCAGAGUGGUACUUAAAUAAUAAUAAGAACGAAAAUACGUGUAGCAAUACGAUGAUUGGCUUACUAGCAGGAAUGGGUUUACAAAUCUACAACGAUUCUAAACCGAUAUCGAUCUGCCAUAAUCCAGGAGUGAUUUGCUCAUUUUUUCCAUGCUGGUUGCUUUUUGGAGGUUCAUGUUACAUGGUACAUAGAAAAAUGGAAUUUGACGAUAGAAUAGAAAGUUUAAGUGGUAUACCUAUAUCGCUUUUAAAUGAAGAGGAAUAGAACAUGUAUAUAGUAAUACCACAUCGAAGGAACAGUUAGGCAGAUUUGAAUAUAUUUUGAUUUUAUUCACAUGUACACCAUACUUGAUACAUUUUUAAAGGUUAUAGUUAGAAUUCUUUAAUAUUACUUUCCUCUAAGAUUGCUCUUCAUAGCUCCGCUAUACGGAUGUUUUAAAAACACAUUUCCCCACAAAUAACAAUAUCAAAGAUUGUCAAUACAAGCAUUUUCAUUUUGGGUCAAAUGUUUUGAUACUACAUGAAUUAUUCAAGGACAUCAUUCCAUCAGAACAAGAACUGUUUCAGUAAAUACUACUACGUGUCAAUUCAGAGAGGAGGAGACUGGAUCUUUUCCCUUUGCCAACCAAGAUUAUAAAAAACAAAUUCAUUGUUUUGCUAACUAUGAAGGACCGUUUGGCGAUAAAAAGAUUAAACGUUGUACAGGAUCGUUGAGAUGGGUCUAGAUCACACCUGCCGAUAAGAAGCAAACUAACUAUUUCACUAGACCGAUUUAUCAGUAAUCAAAAGUUGCUCUAAAAUAAAUCCAUAAAUGCUAGAAAUGUGUAUGAGACAAAUUCAUCUACAUAAAUAAAGUCCAUUCGUUACUCAAUUCGCAAAUAUGGAUUGCAGUUUGGUAUACGAUGUACGUAACGUUCAGAUGAUGUUUGAAUAUACAUCGACGAAUGUUAUUUUCCUUGAUUAUAAUUAUAGAUAAUUCAUACUUCUUUAUAGUUUGAAGAUAUCAGUUAUUUAAAUGUUUCAUAGCAAUUGCUAAUGAUUUUAUAGAUUUUUCAAGAUAGAGUGUCUUAUUAGAGAUUGAUUUCAGGUUUCUCAAAUUUCUUAAUUAUAUUUUAACCUCUUCGAACCAACUGGGACUUAUUUGGUCUUUGACAGCUAAUUGUCACUUAGUUAUUUGCUUUUCUGUUGAUUACUCUAGAGAUGUACCUUACAUGUAGCUUACAUAGUUUUUAACAUGUCCUUCAACUUGUAGCAUUUCAGAUAUCAUUUAUUGGAUGACAUCUGGAUUGUUUUGCAAUCAGAAUAGUAUUUUUGUAACUUGUAUGAGUAUCCCCAAUCCAUAUAGUAAUGUUUGUAUUAUAUGUUUUCAAUAUAUUAUUGCAGGUACUAAAGUCCAAUGCAUUUUCCCCUGAUAUUCAACCGGAAAGACACUAUCGGCUGUUCUAGCUUUCUAAAUAUUUUCAUUGGUGGUAUUGACUUGGUGGUAUUGAAUAUAAAAUAGAGAAUGAAAAUAGGGAAGGUGUCAAGUUUAUUUGUGAUACUUUGUUCUUUGUGUUACUAUGUUCUUUGUGUUCAAAUAUGAGUUGUUGUUUAUGCAUUUUGAUAUUUCGUAUGCGUAUGUUUUUGUUUUAAAUUAACUGGGUAAUAUAGCUUUUUCUGUUAGUUUUUUUAUCUAAAUAACUUCGCUUUUUUGUGGCUGUACUUUAUAAAAAAAAUACUCAUUGCAACUGUAUUUGAAUUUUAUGUUUGAUAGUAUUUUAGCUUUGAAUGGAUUUUUCACACUGUUUAUAUAGAUAUUUGCAGACUCUGCGGGACAAAACGAUAUGUGUCAAAUUUCAAUUCCUAAACUGGCUUUAGACUGCUAUAUAAUUAAGAUCCAUUUUGUUACAUCUCGUGAUCAAUUUUAUUUGGCAAUCGCCAAUGGUAGUCA